UAUCACAUAGGUCAGACAACAUCCAGCCCCAAUAAACUCUAGAGCGCCAUUGAAUGCCAGCAACCCCCUUAGUGCCCCCUUUCCAUCCUGACCUGCUCAGACACAGCUCGGAAUAGGCACGACGCGUCCUUAGCAGGUGCCUGUACAGUACCAUGGUGAAGCACUGAACCCACAUGAAAUUCUGCAUGUUGCAAGCUGAACUGGAAAUGAUGGGAUUUGCUGUUAUCUCCACUAAAGUGGCCUUCUGAUCUGAUAUGUAUCUACAGUAGUUUGUUGAUGCUUGCUGGUUACCAUUACACCAAUAAAGAUGUCAUUUCCUGUGAAUGGAAGAACUUCCUGCUUGAACAUUAAAAAUUUUUCCAGAAAGUUAUUUCUGGAUCUGAAGAAGCGGGAAACUGAUUCACGCUGGAGGGAGACACAGGCAGGCACCUACGCUGCUGGGGAAAUCACAUCAGUCUCCUGUUCCAGAAGGUGAAUUUGGCAGUGCCUGGAGUUGGGCUUGCAAUACACAACAGGGACUCUCUUUUGCUAUCUAGGGAAAUUAGGAAUCAUUUCCUCGAUAUCAGCAGGAAAAAGUUUUCUACAGACAUGCCACUGGAAAUGCCUACCCUACAGCUGGAAUUCUAUCCAUAUUUUCUAGCGCAGCUGAGAGCAAUUCAUGUGGCUUACUUCGACAGAAGUGUGACAGUACUGCACAAGCUGGAAAGAAAAGACCUAACAGAGCCCAGAUCAUAGAUGUGAACAGUCCAUCUUCUGCAUAUUUUAUCUUGUAAGUUAUAUGCUAGAGGCUCUGCUUCCAUAAGAGCAUGAACAAUUUACAAACCGUGACUUUAUAAUUCUGAUAAUAAAAAGAGGAAAAUGAAAGUUACUACAUUACACUGGGUAUGGGCAUAUGAAGAGCAGCAUUGUACAUGCUGGGCUAUCGCUCCAUUUCAUCUGGAAUCUGCUCAGUGGACCCACAAUUCAAUGGCUAUGAGAUAAAUUUAGUUAGUUUUGCUUACACGGAGACAGAUUUAUAACUACCAUUACAAUAUACAGAUUACCUGGAAUAAACAAAAAGAAGAAGCAACUCUAACUCAAGCAAUGACUGAAGCCUAUUUUAAAUACCGAGGAAACCGAACUAUCUUUGUCCAACAAUUUCCUACAGUGACAACAGAGGCAACGCCUACCACUGCGGAUAAAUACUCCACCUUGUACAUGUAUGUGGGCUUAUUUCUGGGACUCCUGGCUGUGCUGCUUGUUUUGCUGUUCACAAUGCUUUUACGUAUUAAACAUGUCAUCUCGCCCAUUACUCCUAAUACAGAGAGCACAGACAACAUGCCACAGUUCACUGACCUGGAAAUGCAAGGCAGGCCACCCAAUAACUAAUGGAUACAUGGGAAGAUGCGUUUUCCAACAGAAUAAGCCACAGAACUAAGAAGCAGUAAGAAGGCUUGAGCUGUUGCAAGUGAAGAAUAUGCACUAGUAAAUCUGGCUUUGCUGCACAAAUGUUACAUGUAUAAGCAGUACAUUACUCUGUACCUUGCUUUAAUAAGGAUUCUUGCUCAGUGACAAUCUUUUACCAAUACAAAAUAUUAAAUGUAAGAUUCAGUGGGCCAUAUAGGUUUUUGAGUUAACCAAUUCAGUUGUUUCUCAGUACCAUAUUUGUCCAGUUAACAACAUAAGUGUGCGUAUUUAUAUAUCAGUGUAUAUCACAGCCUCAUUAGAAGCAUUUUUAACGGCAUAUGAUGUUACCCAUUGAAGCUAAUAAAUGUCUCAAGUGUUGCAGGACACUAGUGAUGAUCUAUAAGGGCUAUGUGUCUUCUACAUACUGUUCCCUGUCGCUGGUAACAAUGGAACUUGAAGAGGUACCACUGUUAGAAAUGCGUUACUGCUGGGGUCAGAAGGUCUCCUGAUCUGUGCCUAAUGCUAAAAUACUUCCUCACUUUGGUUCAUGAAUGGGACAUACUGUGCUCUACAAGCCUAUGUGGAGAAGGCAACUGCAGGAAUAGUUUCCAUGACAAUAAAAGAAGCAUACACGUUGCUGUACACACUGUAUCUAUUAGUAAUUUCUGCAAUAGAGGUGAACACAAGACAGAUUAAUGCACCAACAAGAAUAUGUCAAAAACAAGAAAUUCUUAAUGGAAAAGGUUCUGUCACCCCCCCCCCCCCUCAUAUUUGUCAUCUGAAUUAUGUGUCAUAUGUGUGGUUUGAUGAUGGUGAAUUACAUUGUGGGUUAAAAGUUAUUUUUCACAUGUGCACAAUGAAUAAUGGAACAGCAAUAAUGAGCUACUGUUAUAGAUUUGGUAUCAACCAUGAGCUUGUAAAAAUAAAAAACUAUACCUUGAUUGGA